UUUAACAUGUCCGCUCCUGCUGCCCGUAAUUCCGUAGGACUUAUUAAAAGAGCCUGGAAUGAAAUUCCAGAUAUCGUUGGUGGAUCUGUGCUAGCAAUCAUUGGGUUAGGUUUAGCUGGUAUUGGCUUGGCUACCUAUUACGGAAAUGAUGGCGAUAAUCGUCGUUACAAACUGGGAUACGUAGUUAUGCGUCCUGACGAUCCUAGAGCAGCAAAAGUUCAUAAGGAUUAAAAAUAUUAAAAACGAUGUUAUAAGUGUUUAAAAAAAAAUAUAGUGAUUUUUAUUGCAAGCUAAAAAAUACAA